AUGUACUCCACUUAAACACGAGAUGAUUCGAUUACUGCCAAAUACACCUGCAAUAUAUGAACCCUUCCACUUUUAUGUGGACAACCAUUGAGAACUUCACCACCCAAAAGAUUUUAUUUGAUCUCAUGUUGAGAAACAUUAGAGCUAUCAACAAAGCAGAAUGGUUACUCUGCAACUCAAUAUACGACCUAGAGGAUGAAGCAUUUGCUUUGGUUCCCAAGCUCUUCCCUGUGGGCUCGCUUUCAGGACUUGACAAACAAGGAAACUUAGAGGUUAAUUUCUGGCCGGGGGAUACCUCUUGUUUGAAAUGGCUUGACCAACAGUUGCCGUGCUCAGUCAUAUACAUGGCAUUUGGCAGCUUCACUAUUCUCAAUCAUACACAAUUCCAAGAAUUAGCAAUAGCCCUUGAACUCUCCAAUAGACCAUGUCUAUGGGUUGUGAGACUAGAUAUUAUGGAAGGUAAAGACAAUGCAUACCUAGAUGGGUUUCAUAAUAGAGUGGUUGAUCGUGGAAGGAUGGUGGAUUGGGCACCACAACAAGUAGUUCUAGGUCAUCCUUCCAUUGCUUGCUUUAUGAGUCGCUGUGCCUAGAAUUCCACCAUGGAGGGGAGCGAUUUUGGGGUGAAGCUGCUCUUACAACUAUUUAUCUUAUUAAUCACAUUCCAUCAUCAAUCCUUAAUAACCAGUCUCCAUACGAGCGUCUACAUGGUAUUCUUCCUGCUUAUAAUCUUCUUAAGGUUUUUGGUUGUGCAUGUUUUGUUCUUCUUCCACCUCAUGAACAUAACAAGUUAGAACCUAGAGCUCGAUUAUGCUGUUUUUUGGGUUAUGGGAUUACACAAAAAGGAUAUCGUUGUUGGGAUCCUGUGUCACAAAAACUCCGAGUUUCAUGUCAUGUUGUCUUUUGGGAACACACUAUGUUCUCAUC